GGUGUGAGGGAUGAUGGGCUCUCUUCCUUUUCUCAUUCCAAUUUGGUGUCACCCCUACCCUCCAAUGGACACUUCGGUCUGAUUGAUUGGGACGCUACAGCCUACAGGAAUGGCCGCCACCACACAAGAACCGCCGGCAAACGAGCUCCGGCCUCUACUUCUCAUCCACCGUUUGCCCCACUACAACCUCUCAUUCCCAUUUCUUCAAACCCGAUACCGUAUUCUCGACCCGCUAAACGAAUCCGACCCGUCGUACACGGCCCUCUCAAAAUCAGCUCGGGUCAUGCUCUGCGUCGGGCUCUCUCCGGUUACAUCUGACACCUUGGAUCGGUAUCCUGCGCUGGAGUGCAUCGUCGGCUCCACUGCCGGUUACGACCACAUCGACGUCUCCGAGUGCCGCCGCCGAGGCAUUCGCGUCACCGGCGCCGGAGACACGUACUCCGAUGACGUUGCGGAUUUUGCCGUUGGGCUCUUGAUUGAUGUCCUGCGUCGGAUCACUGUGGCCGAUAGCUUUAUCCGGUCCGGGUCUUGGCGUGCGGAAAGAAAUUUUCCGCUUAGUUCUAAGGUAGGUGGGAAGAGAGUCGGGAUAGUCGGUCUAGGAAGCAUUGGCUUAAGGGUGAGUAAACGACUCCAUGCCAUGGGAUGCACCAUUGCCUACACCUCCAAGAGUAUCAAACCAAAUGUGCCCUAUUCCUUCUAUGAGAACACAAGUGAUCUUGCUGCAGAAUGUGAUGUCUUGAUCCCAUGUUGUACCUUAACUCAUGAAACCAGGCACAUUAUUGAUAAGAAGGUGAUGUUGGCCCUCGGAAAGAAUGGCGUUAUCAUAAAUGUCGGCCGUGGGGGGCUCAUAGAUGAAACAGAAAUGGUCAGUUUCUUGGUGAGAGGUGAGCUUGGAGGAGCGGGUCUCGAUGUUUAUGAAAAUGAACCAAAUGUGCCGAAGGAGCUAUUCCGAUUGGACAACGUUGUGUUGUCUUCCCAUGCGUCCUUUGCAACUCAAGAGGCCAUGAGUUCACUACAAAUGUUGGUUGCCACCAACAUUGAUUCAUUCUUUUCAAAUGAGCCUUUGCUUGCAGAAGUUAAUUAUCCUUAUUGAAGGAAUUAAGUUUGUAGUCACUCUCAGAGCUAGAGACAAUAAUUCUGUGUCAAACUCAUUCAUACAUCAAGUCUAUUAAUCUAUUAUGUUAGCAAUUUUUUUAUCUAAAAAUAUUAAUACUUUUCACACC